ACAAACGCAGUUUUUUUUGUUUGUUUGUUUGUUUGUAUUUUGCACUUUCGCAGUAGGCUACCUCUAACGAACUGAAGCGAGAGGAAAGAUGAUGCCGAGGUCGGUUCUCUCCAGGUGCGCUCUCUUGGCGCAGCAGGUGCCUUUGGAAUGCGCGCUGUCCUCAAAACACGUCAUCCCCCGCGGGAUGUCUUCUGUGACCACUCCUCCACCAGCAUGCAUGCUCCGGCCGCUCGAGGCACCUUUCCGAUACCUUUUUGGGCCAGGACCCUCUAAUGUGCCGCCUCGUAGUUUAGCAGCGGGAGGAAGACCUAUAAUAGGUCAUGCACACAGAAAUGUUUGGGGCCUAUAUAAUGGAUGAUAUCAAGAAGGGUGUCCAAUACGCAUUUCAGACCAGUAACAACAUGACACUGGCUAUGAGUGGUUCUGGCCACACCGCGAUGGAGUGCGCAGUGUUCAACGUUGUGGAACCCGGAGAGAGUGUUCUCGUUGCCAUCAAUGGAAUUUGGGGAGAACGAGUCGCAGAAAUUGCUGAACGGAUGGGUGCAAAGGCUCAAACAUUGGUCAAAACACCUGGAGGACAUUUUACAAAUGAAGAAAUUGAACAGGCUCUGGCUAAACAUAAACCGGUUCUCUUCUUUCUCACACAUGGAGAGUCUUCAGCUGGUCUGGUGCACCCUAUUGAUGGCAUUGGUGAUAUGUGUCGCAAAUACAACUGUUUGUUUUUAGUGGAUUCAGUGGCAUCAUUGGGAGCUGCACCACUUUUAAUGGACCAACAAAAUAUUGAUAUCCUGUACACUGGAUCCCAGAAAGCCUUGAAUGCUCCUCCCGGGACAGCGCCAAUUUCAUUUGGUGAAAGAGCAUGCCAUAAGAUGUUUAACAGGAAAACAAAGCCAGUCUCCUACCUCCUUGAUAUGACCCACUUGUCCAAUUACUGGGGAAAUGAUAGCAAGCCAGAUAGAAUAUACCAUCACACAGGACCUGUGUCUGGGUUCUUUGCCCUGAGGGAAAGUCUGGCAAUCCUUGCUGAAACGGGGCUUGAGAACUCAUGGAGACAUCAUAACGAAGUUGCUGAGUAUCUUUGGAAGGGCUUGGAAGACCUGGGCUUGAAUCUUUUUAUCAAGGACAGGGACUUGAGAUUACCCUCAGUCACCACCAUUGCCAUCCCUGAGGGAUAUAACUGACGGGAAUUGUUAGCUUACAUCAUGAAGCAUCACCAAACAGAAUUUACAGGAGGUUUGGGGCCCUCUGUUGGCAUGGUGUUGUGGAUCGGUCUCAUGGGAUACAACUGUAACAAGGCCAAUGCUGCGAUGGCUCUUGUAGCUCUUGAAGAUGCUGUAAAGCACUGUCGAAAGGCCAAAGCCUAAAGAGAGACUACACUGAA